GUGUAUGGUGGCUCACUGUCCGAUGUGCUGGAGAAUCGAAAAGGACAAGUGGAUGACAAAGAGAAAAUCGGAAAUAUGUCACUGGGCUCGGCGUGCGGCCUCGAAUACAUUCAUGCGCAGAAUAUAAUCCAUCGAGAUAUCGCAGCACGUAAUGUACUUUAUACGAUGAACAAAGUGGCCAAAAUCAGUGAUUUCGGAAUGUCGCGACAGGGUGAUCUCUACAGGAUGACAAAGGGCAACAAAAAAAUACCACUGAAGUGGACAGCACCGGAAAGCAUGUCUGUGUAUCAGUAUACAAAAAAAACCGACGUCUUCUCAUUCAGCAUUUUGCUUUGGGAAAUAUUUUCGGAUGGCGAAGAACCGUACAAAGGAUUGACGGGUGUCGAUGUGAAACGAAUGGUUUCAUGCGGUGAACGAAUGGAAAGGCCGGAAGGUUGCCCGAAGAAUAUGUUCAAAAUAAUACAAAAAUGCUGGGAACAAAGUCCGGACGACCGAUACACCAUGUCUGAGGUUGUAAGGAAAAUUGAAGAUGUACUGGAUGAUUAUGCAACUGAUUCCAUCGAGACGGAAGGACACGUUGAGCCCAAGGUAACAGUUUAG